CACGCACGCACGCACACACACACACAUUGUAAGUAUGUCGGCCAGUUUAACAAGUUAGGAACACACACACACGCAUGCAUUCUUGCUGUUUUAAAAUAUCCAUUCUUCUAUGCGUCUCUACACUCGUGCCAGCAGAAAUACGAUCGUGUUUAAAUGUUGAAAAAUCAGUUGACAGCAAGGUAUCGAUUCGAAAGUGAAAGUAACUGUCUGGGAUUCCGAGAAAUCAGCGCUGUUUCUUCAGCAGCAGUUCUGUGACAAUAUAUAGACUAUAGGAAAUACAACCAGCUUCACUCAAGCACCUCAUAGCCUACCGAGAGCAGCGACGUGGCUGGUGUCCCAUCUUGUCAAGGCUAAGGAGAGCGUGUCUCACUGCCGUGUAUUUUAUACAUCUUGCGAAAGAUGGUAUCAAUGCAAGUGCCAGUGUGUCUGGUGGACAAUGGGCCAGAUGGGAAAAUGACUGUCCAGCAGGGGGCGCUGCAGAUCCUGGAGCAGAUCCAGCAGCCAGUGGUGGUGGUGGCCGUGGUGGGGCUCUACCGCACGGGGAAGUCCUACCUCAUGAACUGCCUGGCCGGACAACAGACAGGCUUUGCCCUGGGCAGCACCAUCGAGUCCAAAACCAAAGGAAUAUGGAUGUGGUGUGUACCUCACCCAAAAAAGAAAGAUCACACUCUGGUGCUGCUGGACACUGAGGGACUGGGGGACGUGGACAAGGGCGACUCCAAGCACGACACCCAGAUCUUCUCUCUGGCUGUUCUGCUGAGCAGCACUCUGGUCUACAACAGCAGAGGCACCAUCGACAACAGAGCAGUGGAGGAACUGCAGUACGUCACAGAACUGGCUGAAUACAUCAAAGUGAAGUCAUCUGAUGAAGAGGGAGAAGACUCUGAGUUUGUCAAGUUUUUCCCCACGUUCAUCUGGGCUGUGAGAGACUUCACUCUGGAGAGAAAGAUCGAUGGGAAAGAUGCGACGGAGGAUGAAUACCUAGACUUUGCCCUGCAGCUGAAACCUGGUAACGGUAAAAAAGUGAACGAUUACAAUCUUCCUCGAGAGUGCAUCCGGAAGUACUUCCCGUCCCGUAAGUGCUUCACCUUCCCAUUCCCAACCAACCCGGACAGUGUGAAGCGCAUGGAGUCCCUGUCAAUGUCCGAGCUGGACUCGGAGUUUCUGGAGGUCACCCAGCGCUUCUGCACUUUCAUAUUUGAGCACAGCCCAGCCAAGCUACUCAAGGAUGGACACUCCGUAGACGGCAGAGUCUUUGGCCACCUGGUGAGUUUGUACGUGGACACUAUGGUGAAGGGGGGCGUUCCCUGUCUGGAGAACGCUGUGCUUGCCAUGGCGCAGAUCGAGAACGAGGCGGCGGUGCGUGAGGGCCGGCAGGUGUACGAGGACGGCAUGGGCAAACUGAAGAGCCGCUUCCCCGUCCUGCUGGGCGACCUCACCGAGGAGCACCAGCGUCUCAACCGCCUCGCCAUCGAAGCCUUCAUGAAGCGCUCCUUCAAAGACGACGACGGCGCGUUCAUGGGCUCACUGGAGGAGUCCAUCAACCGUAUAUUCACUAGCUUCGUGCAACAGAAUGAGCAGGCAUCAGUGCAUAUGUGUGGGGAGAUCCUGGAUGGUCUGUCUGAGGGACUCAGGAGCAAACUGAAACAGGGAGUCUACACCACCAUGGGGGGCUACCAGCUCUUUAGCCAGGACCUGGAGGAAGUUGUCACGAAGUACAAGCAACAGACCCAAGGAGCUGUCAAGGCUGAGGAGGUGCUGCAGGGCUUCCUGAAACAGAGGAAGGAGGAGUCUGCUGCCAUCCUGCAGGCCGACGAGAGCCUGAGCAAGAAGGAGAAGGAGCUCUGCGAGGGGCGCGAGCGUCAGGUACUGAUGCAGCAGGAAGUCUGUGCUGCUCAGGAGAAACAGCGCCACAUGGAGGAGAAGAUGGAGGCUGAGAGGAAGAGUGGAGAGGAGCACAUGAGGCAGCUGAAGAUCAAGAUGGAGGAGGACAUGAGGAACCAGCAGGAGGAGAACCAGCGCGCCAUGGACGCCAGACUACGAGAGCAGGCUCAGCUGCUGGAGAAGGGGUUCCAGGACAAGGCAGACAAGAUGAGCCGGGAGAUGGAGGAGAGCAGGAGGCGGGCGGAGGAGGCUGGUGCUGCUCGCAAUAAGGAGUUCGCCGCCAUGAUGGAGUCCAUGCAGCGCAAACACGAACAGUCCAUGAACAUGAUGCAACAGCAGCUGGAACUGACCAGGCAGAUGGCAGCCAAUAGCAGAGGGGGAGAUGGCUGCUGCAUCCUCUAAUGUCAACCCCUAGUGUUCACUCUGUGUGUGUGUGUGUGUGUGUGUCUGCACGCACGCAUGCACCUGUAAUUUGGACAUAUAUGUCUACGGGGCCACAAAUGCCGCAACCAAAAUGGAAAAGAGGUGGGGGGUGCACACUGUAAUAGUACCCUUUAUAGUAUAUAUAACAUACUAUGGGACUUCAGUUAAUACCUUUUACUUUAAUUACUUGAAUAUAAAAAAAAAACAUUGUUUAAACUGGGAGAUUGUAAAGGUUUUUGGUUUUCUGGUUUGCAUGUUGAGACCCUGUUUACAGUAUAUACACACAAACACACACAAUAAAUAUAUAAAUGAAAA